UCACAGAGGAUAACGGGCCAGUCUGAAGGUGAAUUUCGAGCAGAACGGUACUUAGAUCUUGUUACUCCUGUAUUCUUUGUUACUAUUUCCUCCUCUGUAUUAUCGAUUAGGUUUGGACUCGACGUGGACAUGCGUUUAACGUUAAAACUUCAUUGUGACAGAUGCCCUCUUCGGGGUGUCUUGUUCUUUUUCCAGUGUUCAUUACGGGCCUAACUUUUUUGAUUGGUUGCAAUAAAUAACAGAAUUCUAUCAUUUCGUCUAGAACACGAUUGUCUGCAACAUGUGCCUUUUCUAUUUGUAAUAAUCCCGUCUCGAAGAAAUAACAAUGACUGCCAUGAUCGAGGACGUACAAGCUCUACAAACCCUAACGAUUCAUACAAGCGACGUAAAUAGCGUUGAUUUUGCUGGCGAUUGUAUCCUAGUAACUGGAUCGGGGGAUAAACGUGUAAGAGUUUGGGAAUGGCAGCAAGGUACGGGCUACGUCGAAGCUUUCUUUUCUCCACUUUUAGGUCAUAAAUAUGGGGUGACUUCGGUCAAAGUUAGCCCACAAUCAACUAUGCUAGCUUCUUCUAGUAUAGAUGGUACCACAUUGUUAUGGAAUUUAAGGACGGGAAUGAAGAUACACACGAUGGUACAAGUUGGUGGUGAAUCCGUAAGAGUUAGCAGAUUUUCACAGGAUUCAACGUUGCUAGUAACAGCUGGUGAUAACGGACAGAUUUGUCUUUGGGAUUUGAUUCAUCGUACUUUGAUCAGAUCAUUUCAGAAACACGAAAGUGCCGUACAAGGAGUAUGUUUUACACCAGAUUCAAACUGGCUAUUAACAACAUGUACAUUUGGCGUUAUGAAUUUAUUCUCCACUGCCGAAAUGAUCGAUUCUAGCGUGUCCAAUAAUAGUCAAUCAGUAACCGUGUUUGCCUCGGUAGACGAUGCUCACGAUCUUGGUGUAGUGUCGUGUGAUUUUUCAAUUUCACAAGAAAUAACAGGUAACGAACCAUUUACCAAAGUUUAUCAGUUGGUUACCUGUGGCAAUGAUCACAACGUGAAACUAUGGGAAGUCAUUGUGAUUCAAGAUAAAUGCGAAGUUCAGCCAAAUUCUGCCACUAUAAAUCUUUACAGGGUAAUGGAAAAGCACAGCAGUGCCUUAACUUGCGUAAAAUUUAGUUCCAACGGAUUAUACAUUGCUAGUAGUGGUCUUGAUAAAACAGCAAUAAUUUGGGAAACGAACACAGGAAAAAUAUGUAGCGUGUUAGCGAGACACAACAGAUACGUUGCAUGCUGCGCAUUCUCAAGGGAUGGAAAUCUUUUAGCAACUGGUUCUAACGAUAAGUCAGUUAUUGUGUGGGACCUAACAGGAAACCUAACUAUCGAUUCUGAACUUAUACGACAUGGUGCUCCAAAGUUAUUAUUAAGCGAACGUGAUAAGAAUGCUGUACACGAACAAGAUGUAGUACAGAACGCAGAAUCCUUCGGAAAUGAAGUGAAACUAAUUCAAAGGAUGGAUGAUCAUGGUGGAGCGGUCAAUGGCGUUGCUUUUUACGGGAAUAAUUUGAUAGCUUCUGGUUCAGGGGAUAAAUUAGUACGUAUAUGGAGUAUUGAAAAAAAUGAGGAAGACGAGGAAGAUAUGAGAUUUCAAGAGAAAUCUUUUAGUCCUUUGGACGGUCAUAAGUACAGCGUGAAUUAUGUAGAAUUUAGUCCUUGUGGUACGAUGCUUGCUUCCUGUUCAUUGGACGGGACCACGAUAGUUUGGAAUACUGAGAAUGGUGGACAUGCAAGAGGAUCGUUCGUUAAUUCUGGAUCAGGUCUUCGUGUUUGUCGUUGGUCUCCAGAUGGUACCAAGAUAGCAACAGCUGGAGAUGAUGAAAAAACUACGUUAUGGGAUAUGGAUAGUAUGCAACAUUUACAAAUUUUCGAAGGUCAUGCUGAUGCUAUUACAUCAAUAGCAUUUACCCACGACUCCCGUUAUUUGGUAACAGCUUGCAACGAGGGUACAUGGAGAUUAUUCGAUAUUCUUAAUGAAAAAUCCGAACAAGCUUUACUAGUUUGUGACGAAGCACACGACUUAGGGGUUCAAGGAUGCGAUUUUAGUCCGACUGGUUCUACAGGCGCUAGAGGAGAUUCUAAUUUGAAUAAUAACAAACAGACAUAUCUAUUAGCGACAUGUGGUAACGAUUCUCUUGUGAAAUUAUGGCAAUUAAUAAUUUCCAACAAGGAACAUGAUUCCGCAGAUGGUAUUGGAACAAGUGACUCUAAUAUUAGUUUCAAAGAAAAAAGAACUUUGACUGGGCAUGGUGGUAACGUCAUGGACGUACGAUUCUCUCCGAUUCAUGGAGAAAUUUUAGGAAGCGUUGCUACCGAUAGGACUGCACGCAUAUGGAGCGUUUUUUCCGGAGCUUGUUUGUAUGUACUCGAGGAUCACGAAAGUCUGGUGACGUCAUGUGCAUUUUCCGAAGAUACAUCUUUAUUCAUUACUGGUGCAUUAGACAAAGCUGUUUUAGUGUGGAGGAUACCUCAUCAAUUGGUCUCUCAAAGUAUAUUGAUCGAUAGCUUGAAACAUAAUAGAAAAAAGUUAGCUGAUUGGAAAGUCGAUGACACUUUGAAGUGGUUGAACGAAAUAGGAUUAUUGAAAUUAAUGAAGAGAGCUCAAACAUCGGUUUUAACGGGACGACAGUUACUGAAUAUUCCAGUUAAUGAAUUAUUAAUUAAACUUGACCUAGAAAAUGACGAGGAGACGGUAGAAAUAUUCAAAAGACAGUUAUACUGGUUAAAAAGAGAAGACACUAACGCGGUGGAAAUACCAGAUGAAACGGAAAUACCCCAUGAAUUUCUGUGUCCUAUAACUCAUGAGAUUAUGAAAGAACCAGUUCAAUGUUCAGAUGGAUUUACAUAUGAAAGAGCAGCCAUAAACGAAUGGUUUUUAUGUGGAAAAUAUACAAGUCCGAUGACGAACGAGCCGUUACAUGAUACCACUUUUACACCAAAUAUUAAUCUUAAAAAUGCAAUAUGUACGCUUCUUCAUGGAAACGGAUCGGAAUAAUAUAUUUUUGAGAUGGAUCAGUGGCAUCAUGAAUAUUGAAAGAUCAAAUAAAGUUCUGUUAUUGAAAGUUGAAUAAAGCACUUACACAUACUGAGAUCUAUAAAAAGGAAAGAUACACAUAAUGUAUGUAUUUACAUCAUUUAUGCUGUGAGUGGACCAAUCGUAUUGUACGUGCACUUUUACUUAAAAUGGCACAAUUGUUUAUCAAGACUUGGCUUGAUAAACAAUUUUUCGUUCUUGUUAACUUAUUAUAAUUAGUUAUUUCAAAAUAUUUGUAUUUUUAUAUCGUUAUUGUAUAAAUACGUUGAACGUAUUUUAUUGAAAUAUUAUUAAAAAAAAAAAA